CAUCGAUCGACUAUUCGACUAUUAUACAGUUCAUAAUUCAUGAAGUUCAUAUUUUAAUCAUUACGAUUUAAAAUAGGUUACCAGUGUUAAUGAUCAUAAUAUAAUAUCCAUCAUAUUAUAGUUAAUGCUCCGACAGUUUUACUCAAACGUACAGUGUUUAAAAAUUAUUAUUUAGAGACAAGAUUAUAAUAUUACAGUCUACAGACAUCAAACGACAUGGAUGAUUUCACGAAAAAAUGGUUACUUAAUAUUGGAUUUAAACAUUUGAUCAGUACAUUUGAAGAAGAAGACAUUGAUAAAAAAGCCUUAUUUUUGUUGACUGAAUCAAUGUUAGUAAACUUAGUUUCAAAAAUGGGACAAAGGGCCAAUUUUAUAAAUGAAUUGGAAAAAUUGAAAAAUCCUAUUGAAAUUAUUCAAAUUGAAAAAGAGUCACAAUUUACAUUGUUAAUGAAUGUGGAUGCUGUUGUAGAUGAAAGAGAUAUAUCAUACAAUGUUGCCGGACCUUCUAAAAAUAAGACAUCUGAUCCUGUAAAGAUCAUCACUAAAAGAAAUUCAGACAAUUUAAAUCCUAACAAAAAAAUAAAAUGUACUAUUUUUGACAAUUUAUCAGAGAAUGAAAACUCUAAUAGUGAUAAUUGUAGUGAUCUAAUUGUAGAGGAAAUUUCCAGUGAAAUCAAUUCCAGUAAAGGUAUAAAUCCUAACAAAAAUAUAAAAAGUACUAUUUUUGACAAUUUAUCAGUGAUUGAAGCCUCUAAUAGCGAUAAUUGUAGUGAUCUGACUAUAGAGGAAAAUUCCAGUAAAAUCAAUUCCACUAAAGAUAAUUUUAUCAAACACAUAUUAAAAAAAUACCAAGAUGGUGUUAUUAUACUACAGUAUUAUGCUUCAAAUGGGACAUUAUGCCAAAAAAUGAGAAAUCGGCUUUGUGGAGUAGUGAUAAAAGAUGCUAUAUACAAUACAGAAGGUGCAAAUAAAAUUAACAGGUCUCAAUUUUCCAAAAUUGCAAAAUUAGCUUAA